GUGUGUGUGUGUGUGUGUGUGUCAGUUCUUUGCUUACAAAAUAAGCAUAGAAUUACAUGCAUUCUUGCCAACUUUCACGCAUAUGUGUGCCUACAAACAUAGCAGAAGUUUCUGUAUGUUUUCUGUGUGAUCGUAUGCGUGAGUAUAUGUAGAUGUGUGAGAACCAGGCUGUGAUGUCAUAUGUGGGUCAGCAGAAGGACAUUAUUGUGUCUGAGCUCUACGGGGGGUGUUAGAGGUCUGUUUUCGGACUCCUUGUGCCCGAGUGGUGCAGCACAGAGGCCCGUCUGUGGCCCGGAGAACCCGAGGAGUGCCAGGAGCCCGCGGGGUGAAUAAAUACGCCGUGAAAAGUGUGUUAAGAGAGGUGUGAAAGAAAUCGGAGGGCGAGACACUGGGUUUUGUGUGGAGCCUUUCCCUCCCCCUCGUCUCCGCAGCACACACGCUCUCUCUUUCUCACACACACACACACACACGCUUACACUUUUCCUUUCACACACACCUCACAUGGAGGUUCACAGUUCAAAUAAACAGCGGCUCAAGCAGCGGGCUGGGUCUGGUGUAAACAGCGGCGAGUCGGGGUGAUUCAAUUUCUCUCACGGCACUGCUCUCUCUCUCACUGCUUCCUAAUGGACCGUGCUUUAAAUGGGGAACGUAGGGGAGCAGCAGUAAGUGGGGAAUGAACUGGGUGAAGAAAAAGUUACGGAUGGGUAAGGACUUCCAUAUGACUAUCUCGUGAAGAAGUUUGCUCAGAUCCGGUAUUCGAAACAAGACUACAGUACCUUUUUAAAAGGCACCAGAAGUGAUGGACUGAAAGUCUAUCUUUGCUCAGAGAUGUUCUCACUCUGAAAGUUUGACCUCGGUUUGAUAAAAGUUGUUUUAUGGGAUUUAUCUGCUUGUGUGGAUUGCUCAAUGUGACUCAUAACUCCUCCUUGUCUGUCCUUGUGUGUGAGUGUUUUCUGCCUACAGUCUCAGGGCAGCGACCACUCAAUAAAUCCCCAGGUUCACCGUCUAUCAGGCCAGUGAUGAAACACAACGCUGGUCUGUCACGUCCUAGAAAUGGCAAUUUCUUCUCCAAUCCAUAAUAAAGCUUUCAAGAUCCUGUCGGGAGAGGGCUCUGGUAGCCUUAUUGACAUGGUGUGUGUAUGUGUGUGUGUGUCUGAUCUGCUCAUCACCCAUCCCUCUUAUGUUAAGUUAAACAGUGUAACAAGAUGAAAUAAGGGGGAAAUUAAAUUGCCUAAACUUAACCUCAAGAUGAAACACUGCUUUUGACUCAAAUGUGAGCUUUGAAAGAUCUCUGUCGGCUUUCAGAAUAUGUUCUCUGUGGUUUUAUUAGUCUAUUGGCUUAAGUGACUCGGUCUUAGUUUGAAUCCGAUUUGACUUUAAUCUUCUUAUUUCCUCUUUCAGAUUCAUCUGUUCAUUAUUGACAUGAUGUCAUCCAGAGAUUAUCUCUUUCUUUCUCGUACAACUAUUUACUUCCUUUCCCCAAUGGCCUGCUGUAUACAAACAUAAUUGCUCCAUGAAAUGUAUACAUCUAUCUCAAGGCUCCGAGCUGGAUUAUUUUAGUUUGGUUCAUUUCACAGAUUUGUGUUUUUGUCAGUGCUCUUCUCACCGAUUUGAAGUGAGAAAGCUCAGUUGGGGAAACAUGUCCAGUACACCAGUCAGGAUUUAGCAACAUUUCAAUCAGUUCAAAAUCUGAUGAAGUUGUUCUCAUUUGCUGCGUUGCCAAGCUACUUUCAAUCAAAUCUGAUCAAACCAUACCAGAACAAGCCGAUACAGAAUUUCAGGGUAGGGAUGCACCGAUUAAACUUUUAAUUCUCGAUACCGGUACUUGGGCUUUUGGUAUUGGCCGAUAGUGAUACCAGUGUUUAAUUAAUAAGCUGUAUGCCUAACUGUGUGCAAGUGACUAGCAUCAUUAUUUUAUGUUUAAAGCAAUAUCAGGCUUUAUAAAUGUUGCUUUUCUAACUUCGUUGAACAAAAUGUACACGUAAAUACUUUGAUAUAAAUGUACUGAAUUGUUGUUCAUCAAAAUACUGGUAUCCAAUACCAGUACAUCCUAUUUGAGUCGGUAUCGGACUCAUAUCUGAUAUUCACUGUCGGUGAGUCACUCUUUUAACUCUUAAAAAGAAUACUUGCCUUUUCAAAUGUUUACUUUGCGUGUUGCUUAUUUACUGAAUAUUUAAUGUUAAUAGAGAUGUGCUUAAGAUUUGAAACCAAGUUUUAAGACACUUUUAGUGUGAUCAGAUUUUUUUGAACCAUAGGAACAUUACAGGUGUUCAAACUAAAUGCACAUGUAUUUUAAUAUUUCCAAUUUCCAAAAGGCCCUGAAUCCUGUGUAGCCUGUAUGGGUACGCCUGUGCCUGGUCAUAGAUCAGUCUGUAUGUGUGUGCACAUUCAUGUGAAGCAAAGUCACCGUUCAAGUUUCAGUCACUAAUUAAAUGCUCUUCAUCGAAAGACUAAAAUGCUUUGAACAAUGCCAGUGCUGCUCUUACCACCACAAACAUGUUGCCACUUGUAGCCAGUCUGAAGCUACAGUAUAAAUGGGCCAAAUUGAACCCGAGGGUGGACUCAUAAUUGACUAUCAUGACUCAUGUUCAAGUAGCUUUGUUGCUACGCCACGCACAAAAACACAGACGUCCAGUCGGUGUGUUGGAAGAAUCAAAUUUUGAUGUAGUUUUACAUGAGCGCAGCGCCCGACUGCUGAUACAUUUUUGUAGUUUGUUCCUGAGUUGAUUGAAUGCCUUCAGUCCAAACUCUGUUUGAUGGACUGAUCCUGUCUGUCGCUGCUAAACCCACAAGCUCCUUAAAACUAAAUAUUUAAACGUGGCACAGCUGAGUGUCGGGGUUUAUUUAACUAAAAGUUUGAGCUUAAACCAUUAUGGGAGAGCUCUGGAGAACAGUUUAAACCAACAUCUUGGCAUAGAAUAUUUUUCACAAAUACAGACGAUCACAAGGGCAAUCUCCAUAUUCCUCACCUUCUAUUUCACUAUUUAUUCCGAUGUUCCUCUGCUCAUACUUGACAGUUUAUUAUUUUUUUUUUACUUGUAUCGCAUAAUAUCUCUAUAUUUAAAAUUCCUGGAAGCAUCAGACCUGCUCCAGGGGCUUACCAACCAAAUUCACAUUCAACAUGUGUUUCUUUUGUUGCACUUUCUCACCCCAACUGGAUAUGUUGGUUUUACCUGGCUUCUUUACAAAGUACAGUGUGCACGAACCCUCAAACUCCACAUAAAGGCUGUUGUGUUGGCUUGCUUUAUGCAGCCCUCUGAAAAUAAGUGGUAAGAUCAUAUAUCAAGACUACGGCUGCCAAACCUCAAUUGUGGUCCAGCUAAUGAGUACGCUAAUAUUUAUUAUUGAUGAUGGAACAUCUGGUCAGUCGGCAUGAGAUUGUGGCUACGGGCGAGGGCUGCAAGGUGAUUUGUUACAGAGUAAGAACCACAAAUACAAGUCAGAAGAGGUUUAGUGUAUGGAGCGAAUGUAGUGAAUGAAACAAAAACCCACACAGAGAGGGAGAGAGAGAGAGAGGGAGAGUCAGCAAAUCAGUAUCAACACCCACACCACUCAUCUGGGUCAUGAUGACAAGGUGAGGAAGAGGAACAUCAGUGGAGGCUGAAUGAGAGAGUUGAGUCAGAGAAAUGUGCUGCAGGGUGCCGAGUGUGGGAGGUUCGGAGGUGGGUUGUUCAUUCAUUGAGCCACAAGAUCACACUGUAUCAGAGCUGUGGCUUUAUGAGUUGCUGGUAGAGGAAUGAGAGGUUUUUGUGCAUUACUUCACUUUAAAAGGAGAACUUUUCAGCACAGAUGGAAACAAAGCUAGAUCUUGCCUCCCAAAUGUCUUUAUAUUUCUAAGGCACAAACACAGGAAUAAUAAUGUCAAAACAUAUUUUUCACUGUCUGUUGCCUUUUCUCAUAUCCCACUGCGUCCAUUACAGUAUUUCUUUACUUCCUAGAACUGUUGCUCCCUCCUCCUUUUUUUUUUCAAACCAGCGCAUGACCUAGUUAUGUUUUGAAUCAGAAUCCACAUGUACAGUAUGGCUGAGAAAAGCUCAUUGACAAACCGCCGUUGUUGGGCACAGCACGGUGGAAAUUGAGCUGCGUCGCCCUAGAGAGUGCUGUCUACAGUGCAGAUGAACGGUCUAAUGGAUAGACGAAGGUGGAGGGCUCAGAGUGUGUUUUUCCUCUGUGCUGAAGAGGCUUUGUGUAAGUGGGCCAGGAGGGGCAAAAAAUAGCUCCAGUCCCCUUGAGGAGUCGCUCCACAAGGUCACCUCCCUGCCCUGGGCCUUUGAGCAUGGAACUAAGUGUCCAUACUCUUUCUUUCUUCCCCCUUUCUCUCUCUUUUUCUUUCUCGCUCUCUCCCUCUACUUUCCCCUCUGUGGCUUAAUGACUUACCCAGGCCUCUGCACCGGCAAGGUCUCUGCAGCAAGAGUUGAGUUUGUGUGCUAACGAACCCCCAAGCUAAUUAGAAUUUCAGCCAAGCUGGCAACACUCCUCAUUUCCUUGCCAUUUUCCUCCCUUUGGACAAAUACAAUUUCACCCUUCAACCCGCGCAGAAUUAAUCCAGUUAAUGUUCAACACGGGGUGAAUAAUGGCCACUUAUCUGCUGGGAACAUGGAUACAGAGGGGCUCUUGGGUGGAGGUCCCAUAGUGAGCCCCCCUCCCCUCUCACUAAAUCUGCUUUCUGGUCAGAGCAGUUGGGCCAAAGUACUGCAAGUCCAUGAUAGAGGGGAGGUCAGUGUGUCUUCAAAAUGACACUGCUCUCACUGAAUGGGUUUGGAAACCAGUGAACCUUUAUACUGGCAGCCACUUCCUCUUCUUUGUAACUGGAUGCAAAGUGUUCACAUGAAUCAUUACACCCUUAAUGUAGCGGAAGGACUGUUAUCCAACAGAAGGUAAGCAAACAAACUUACUAGGAUUAGCUGCUGUGGUUGGCAACAUCUUCCGCAUCACCUCUCCAUUCACUGAGUUUAACACCCCGGUUGCUUGAUUUGUUGUUCGGUGUCCUAGUACAGAAUCUAGCAAUUAAAUAUUAACUCCAUUCUGCUCCAAGUUUUCUUUUAGGCUUUGUUAUGCUUGAAACGAACCCACUCGAACAAAGGCCACAUUUGAAGGCAAAAGUGUUCAUAGCCAUUCCAAACAGGCUCGCUCGUCUCCAUAAGGCAGGAUGAAAAUACCGCCUUAUGGAGACGAGCGAGACGUGAUCAAGCUGAGACAAAAAUACAAAUAAUGCUUACUUUCACACCUCUGCACACCUGGCCAAUUGCUGCAAAAGAAUGGGCAAGUUUUCCGAAUUGUUGGUCUCGGAAAGUUACACAUACUGUGGGAUAAGACCCCGAAGAACCAUCUGCUUUGUGGUUCUGGUAACCUAAAUCAUCUAUACAGCUUUAAUGUCUUUACCAUUUAUCUUUGAUUUCUUUCUAUUUCCGUCCUUCUCAUUGCUGAAGACAUGUAUGAUAUGGUGUGAUAAUAUUACCCUCCCCUCAAAAUCAUGGCUGCCUCAGCCCAGUUGGUUUAAGGGGCUGCAACACAGUUCAGUAGCCAGUUGGGGAUCAGACUUUGUGAAGUGUAAAUACUUGGGAGUACUUACAAAUUUGCUUAAGAAACCCUGUGCAGCACUGGGAUAGAAAAGCUAUAUGGAAGAGGAAGCUGGUUCCCUCUCUCCCCCCCUCAGCAUGUCUGAGCUAUCAGCUGUUGGGGUGAGUCCCAGCUGCCUCGCGUGUUGACUCUAGAGUGAUAGCCAUCAGCAUUUGCCGCAUGAAAGGAGAGGAGACUGGUUUUCCUAAAAAAGCAGAUGAGAAAUAAAGAUGAGGCCAUGUUGGAUGUUGGCUACAUUUCAAAUCGAGAUAAAGGCAUUGAUUUAUCAGGUGUGUUUUUCUGACCAUAUCAUGCAGUAUAUAAAUCAGUUCCUUCCCUGGUAAGAUAUGAAUAAUGUUCUUGUAGGAUAAGAUCCUUUGAGGCAGUACAACUUUCUUGCAUACUUAAGAUAGGGCCCCCAGCCUCGGGGGAACAUGUAUUUACAAUAUAGCUCAUCCUGUGCUUUGAUAGAGACAAAAACCUCAAUAUGCUUAUGCAUGCUUAGGAAGGGAGUAAACCUGUUUGGCUCACUGUCUAAAAUUACCAAGCAGCGUGGGUCUCUGCGCAUGCCAGGAGUCUGUGCAGGCAAUGCUAUCUGUGGUAUGUCCCCCAAGCUGGCCUCUAUGCUUUUAUUCGGUCCUCUCAUGGCAUUUAAAACUGCUCACUGCAGGUCGAGGAACAGUUUAUUGGGGAAAAGGGAAUGGCUUAUUGGGGUAAAUGGCUGGCCCCAAACCAUGUUGACCCAUUCUGUGGUCGCUCCGAGCAGAGGACACUGUCACUUAGAGCUCCUCGUAAAAUCUUGUGGAUAGGCCUUUAGUACAGCCUGAGCUGUAAUUUAUAUUCUUGUGUUUGUAAAGGGGCCGCGAUUAUAUGUUCUUAUGUAUGAGACUCAGUCACAGCAAGAGUCGCCCUGCCACGUGUGAGAGACGACUCGGGGGCAGAAAGACAGCUUUCACUGAAAAAGAAAAGCAGAGCUUUACUCUGACUCAGGGAAACCAGAGGAACAGUUCCUGAAAGGAGAAAAGAGACUGCAGCACUGUCCUGAAAAAACUGAGGAAGUUGUUCACAGCUGCUGGCUGUUUUCAGCAGAAACAGCUAAAUUCUUACUUGCGCAGCUUUUCACACGUUAUUUCAAAGCAAGCUUUUUAAAUAUUCCUUCCUGCAUUUAUUUUUAAAUGGUUGUUUGGCCAACCGGCAGCAGCAGGGCACUUUAGGGGAAAAAAUAUACACAAAUCCUGAUUUUUAAUUACUCUCUUAUACCCAAUUCCAUCCAUCCUCCAAGUUGCCUUUUGAAAUCUUCCACAAAUCUGUUCAGCUUUGAUUGCCAGAAAACUUUUGGCAGUUUUUCUGUUUUCUUGACACAUUUUGCGUUCCGCAAACAUGCAAAUAACGAGCAGCAUUACCACUCCUACCGCUCAUUGUUGGGACAAGAGAAAAGAAAUGGCAUUACAGAGCUUAUUCUCCUGUGAGUCUUUGGGAGAUUAAGAAGGAGCCAAAAUAGCUGAGAUGCUGGCAAUCUGUUGGGGAACAGUUGUGCUGUUUAUGUUGUGCUUACUGACUGUCAUAUCAAUCAGUCCCCUGCUUUAAUUUCCUUGUGGCUGAUUAUAUAUUGGUGAGUUGUAUUUUGAUAAUAUCAAAGUAGGAAGUCAACUUUAUUUAUUAAAUGCUGCUUGUGUGACUUCUAGAGUAGACUAGAGCAUUUUGUACUUGUAAUAGCAUAACAAAUAUGUAAUGAAUGCAUAGAUGGCUGUAAAUGAUAUAUAAACUAAGUAUGGUCUACUCUGUCCUCUGUUUAUACAUAUUUUGCAAAAAGGUCAGCCUAUUAUAACGGGCCCCAUAGGUGCACUGCAAAAAGUUUUAAAUUGCUACCAAAUUGACUUUCCAUUUGUUUUUGAUUCAGUGGAUUGUCAUUGGUCUGUAAGCCUUUUGUCCUUUCUCCAGCUAAUGUCCGCUUCUUAUGUUAAACGGCACUGUUUUGUUUACAGGGGCUCACCUCCCCAUGCGGGUCAGCGCCCUGCAGCUCCUCUCCCUCUUCGCUCUUCUUGUCCCGGGCCAGUUGAUUCGGUGAAGUGGUUCAAUUCACAUGCAAAUCCCCCCAGAACACCAGUCAUUCACGCUGCUAAUUACGCCAAUGUUGGGACGCUGACUUGCUGACAUCACACCGGUAUAUUAGCAUGUAGGGAGAAGGGUCUGUGCGUGUGUGUGUGUGUGUGUGUGUGUGUGUGUGUGUGUGUCAAGUCAACCAGAGAGGGCCCGUAAAACCGGAAGUUAGCGACUCUGACUUGAAACAAAAGCUUCAAAUAUAAGUGGUUUAAAUUGACUAUUGGUUUUCAGUCUGUACAGAAAUGAAUAGAAGUCAACGGCUGUCUGGAACAUCUGACAAUUAUAUUUAGACUGUUUCAUUAAGAAUGAUUAGGGUUUGAUGGUGAGGUAAGAUAUUUAAUAGGCUAAAGAAAUAAUUUGGUUGAAAAUAAUCACAUUAAAAUAAGGCCUUCUUGGAGUGGAUUUUUUUUCUUCUAGAUUAUAUAGCUGUGGAAGUUAAUUAUUUGCCUCGGACACAGUAGUUUAGUAAACAAAGAAAUGGGUCAAGUAGAAUCUUAACUAAAGGUCCACUAAGCUGUUUUACCCAGAGCUUUCAACCAAAUCGCAUGGUCUUCCUCAGCAGAGUGUGCUGUGUUGUCACUGGGCUAUCUCUUUGCAACACACUCCUUUUUAAUUUGGUAAAAUAAAUAAAAUUAUAAUAAUCGUAUAUAUGAUUUAACUUGCAUAACAUAAAAGCAUAUGUAGAUGUUUAGCCCAAAAAGUGUGUCCUCCAAUGGGUACAUUUUGUAGAUUAAAUUAUAGUAUCCAUUUCAGCCAAUUAAUAUCCCAACCCGUUUGAAAUUUUGCUUUUAUUGUGGAAGUUACAAACAGGAAGUAACUAUGUGAUUUAUGCGCACUUGACACCAGUUUAGGAUUAAAGCGGUGCAGUGGGACGGACAGCAGCGAGUGGAGCAGCGCCAGCGCUCCGUGCUUUUACGCAGCGAAAGUCCGCGAGGAUCUUCACUCAGAGCCGGCAGCAAUAACCCCGCUUCCGAGGAAGAUUUGUGUCGUAUUCAUUUGGAUAUUCAAAUAUUUCGGCGGAGUCUGUGUUAUUGUUUGGAUCUGUAGAUGGGGAUCUGAUUUUACGCACAUUGAGUUGGCUCUUCGUCUACGCUUUCUCCUCAUUUGCUGAACUGUUUGUGGAGGGCAGGGGUUGACAAAAGGCUUUUAAACGGAGGGGUAAAUGUAGCAGAGGGGUGCAGAAACCACACAGCGGGUAAGAGUGGGGUGUUUUCGUGGCAAAGCUGUGGCGUUGGAGUUGUGUGACAAAUUCUGCAAUGAGGAAGACUCAUUUUAAAACCCGCACCACCACAACCAGCAUUGAGGUCAGGGCUAUGGCUUCCAACCGCCGCAGUUUGUAAGGAGGAAGAUCUGUGUGCACUGUAAGUGUCGCCGUGAGGAGCAUGCUGUGACAGCCAUGCCUGUAGAGAUGGAGAAGACGGUCACCAAGCUGAUGUACGACUUCCAGAGGAACUCCACCUCAGACGACGACUCGGGCUGCGCUCUGGAGGAGUACGCCUGGGUACCACCAGGACUCAAACCUGAACAGGUUCAUCAGUAUUACAGCUCCCUGCCUGAGGACAAGGUGCCCUAUGUUAACAGCCCAGGAGAGAAAUACCGCAUCAAACAGCUGCUCCAUCAGCUCCCACCCCACGACAAUGAGAUCCGCUACUGUAACGGUCUGGACGACGAGGAGAAGCGAGAACUGAAGCUCUUCAGCACCCAACGGAAACGGGAGAACCUGGGCCGCGGCAACGUCCGCCCAUUUCCCUUGACGAUGACGGGGGCAAUCUGCGAACAGUGCGGAGGCCAGAUAAAUGGUGGCGACAUUGCUGUGUUUGCGUCACGGGCAGGUCACAGCGUGUGUUGGCAUCCAGCCUGCUUUGUGUGCAGCAUGUGCAACGAGCUCCUGGUGGACCUCAUCUACUUCUACCAGGACGGGAAGAUCUACUGCGGCCGGCACCACGCCGAGAGGCUGAAGCCACGCUGCACCGCCUGCGAUGAGAUCAUCCUUGCGGAUGAGUGCACUGAGGCAGAGGGGCGUCACUGGCACAUGAAGCACUUCUGUUGUUUCGAGUGCGAGACUGUGCUGGGGGGGCAGCGCUACAUCAUGAAGGAGGGACGGCCCUACUGCUGCUCCUGCUUCGAGUCCCUCUACGCUGAGUACUGCGACUCCUGCGGGGAACAUAUCGGCAUUGACCAAGGCCAGAUGACGUAUGAUGGGCAGCACUGGCACGCCACAGAGGGCUGCUUUUGCUGCGCCCGCUGUAAACGCUCUCUGCUUGGUCGGCCCUUCCUGCCCAAGCAGGGCCAGAUCUUCUGCUCACGCUCCUGCAGUCUCGGGGAGGAGCCCAAUGGCUCGGACUCCUCUGAUUCCGCCUUCCAAAGCGCUCGAUCCACCAGAGAGUCCAGACGCAGCGCCAAGGCAGGGAAGAAUGGAGGCGGAGGUGGUGGAGUUCAGACUGAGAGAUUCUCAGGGGAAGUGGACCCACUGUCUUUACAAAUGGAUCUUCUGAGUCUUUCCAGCCAAACGCCCAGUUUGACACGCGAGCCUCCUGCCUGGCAGAGCCAAGAGCAAGCAGGUGACGGCUAUAAUUAUGAAUCCCAGUCAGACCCAACUGUCAACCCCACCCCUCUUCAGCUCCUGAGCCAGUGCAAUGUCAGGACUGCCUAUAUCCCCACCUGCCCUGUACAGAAUAAUCAUCAGCAGGAUCACAGGAUCAAAGAGAAUGGAGGUUUAAAGAGGCCACCCAUCUCAGCCAUGAAGGGCCACUCUCUGAAUGAGAUGUGGUUCCAACCGCCAGCUCCAGACGAGUACUAUCCACCCAAACUGAGGACCCAAAAGAGCUUCACAGAGGUGUCCCAUUGUUCUCAGCACCACAAUGGCUUCUCCUCUGACAAGCGCUCAAUCAGUUUGCACGGCUUUCAGAGGGACAGGGUAAGAGAGACGGGGCCACCAGCAGCAACCCAGGUAGCAAGAAGCAGGAACCCCAUCAAUGCACUUAACUUCACAGAGCAACUGACCCCUCUGGAGCAGACCCCAAGAGGAUCCAUGGAGUCCCUGGCCCUGUCCAAUGCAACAGGCCACUCAGCAGAUGGAGGAGGAAAGCGACAGGAGCACCUUUCUCGUUUUUCCAUGCCAGACCUGAGCAAAGACUCUGGAAUGAACGUGUCAGAGAAAAGUAACAUGGGCACGCUCAACUCCUCAGUGCAGUUUCAUAGCUCUGAGUCUAUUCACAGCCUCACCGCCAGUCAGCCCUACAUGGAAAUGGAUCCUUCCAGAUCCUCCCAGUACCAGGUGCAGUACUGCGACCGCCCUGGCAUGGGUGCGAGUAUGGGUAUGACUAAGUUACCACCUGGCUUCACCUUCCAAGAGGAGGAUAGGGUGAGUUUGGUGAGCAGCGCCAAUGCUGCCCGCCUACCCCCCAUCAGUGAGCGCAGGGUGGGUGGUGUCGGUGGUGGAGGAGGUGGAAGGGGAGCCGGCAUACGGAUGGAUGCUCCAGAAGAGACUCCCCAGAGGCGCCGGCACCACCACCACCGCUCCCGGAGAUCCCGUCGAUCCCGUUCAGAAAACGCUCUCAACUUGGUGGCAGAGCGAAGGGUGAGACCUCAAGAAAGACCACAGUUACGUGUCCGUGAGGAUUACGACCGUUUCCCGCCACCAAGGAGCAUCAGGGACCAGUUCGGAGUAGGAGGAGGAGGAGGGGGCAGAUACCAGCCCCAACCCUUCAGGCAGUGCCCCAGAACCACUUCAGACCUGACUCUUCAAAACCCUGGGGCCAGCCGACGCACUGGCUUGAACCAGUACUCCUGGGAUGAUUAUGAUGAUGAUGGCUGGUGCUCCACUUGCUCUUCAUCCUCCGAAUCAGAGGACGAAGGUUACUUCUUGGGUGAGCCGAUCCCCAGACCCAUCCAGCUGCGCUACCUCAGCAACCAGGAGCUCGUCCAUAAGUACAACGGGAUUGGAGGACCCAACCACAGCGGGCAGUUACACACCCGCAAACGCAGAAAAAGCAAGAACUGCAUUAUCUCCUAACAUCCUGUUAUCUGGUAAAGGAAAGUACUCUUUGUCCAGCUUGUGUACACUAACAUCUCCCGUCUGGAACAAAAAAAUAAAAAAAACUCUCAGUCCAUUUAUUCAGUGUUGUUGGGUGUUGAAUAUCAAGUAAUUGAAAGUCAGUGAUGAAUUACAGUCGGUUAACAGUGAAAAAGCAACAGUGUUUGCAUGUUUGUUCAUUUUAAUGUUUCGGAAUAUCUCCUGAGUAUUAAGGCUAACAGUUACAUGCGCAGUUCUAUCAAGUCACAACAUUUAUCAAAAGCUGAUGUGCAAUUUCUUUUUAAUCAUAACUUCAUUUCCAUGCAGCACACAAGUGUGCAAGGUAGUCUGUUUGGUACAGCUUAGCUUUUUCACGCAAUGUGAUUUAGAGACAGGAUAUACUGUACUAUUGUAUUCAGGUCAUAGUAUGUACAUAGAUAAAUGAAUUAAUAAUUUCACUUAAGUUAAGGAAGUCCAUGUACAUAUGGUUGUAAAUGAGGCCUCACAUAUUUUUAUAUUUUGUAUGGAUAGAAUCGUUUAUGUAUUAAAUAUCUAUAAUGUAGAUAUAGAAUAUGACAAAAACAACUUAUGCAUGUUUUAUUUGGCUGACCUGGUCCUGCAUUUGGAAUAAAGGAGUAUUUCAGUGAG